GGGGGUCGCUAUGUCCUUGUCCCCGAUUUUUUUCGCUACGCCCCUGAUUAAAUCGACCCUGGAUGCGUUUCCAGGGCAACGGUUGUAAACUUGAAGCUGAGAGUCGUAGCUGCGUGAACUCUGAAAGGCUGAAUAAAAGUAAAGUGAAAAAUGAAAAACUAAAGGUUAAAUGUUGAUGCUGUUGAUUUGAAUUCACGGUGUUUUUAGCGGAUUGAAGGAACCCGUUUAGCCCCAGCGUGGAGGCUAAAGAACACCGGCUAACAGCGAGACAUUGUGCCGGUAAGUGAAGGCCCAAUGAUGAGACAGAGAGAGGGGGAAAACGGGGAGGAAAUGAAGAGCAGAAGUCCACGUCCAGGUGGAGGAGGUGCGGAGGAGCAGCCAGAGAGAGAACAAGAACCGGAAGACGACAGGGAAGAAAAACAUGACGCAGCCAUUAUCACCACCACCACCACAGAUGUGAUAAAUAAGGUGGAAGAGGCUGAAACUCAGACUGAUGAUGACAAGCCAGAGGGAGAGACACAAACUGAAGACAAAGACGCAGAAGAAUGUGGUGAACAGGAGGAGGUAGAUGAUGAUGAUGAUGAUGAUGAUGAUGAUGGAGCUGAGAGUCAGACCGUUCUGCCUGAUGAUGACAAGCAGAUUGCAGACACCGUUCAGACCACUGAAGAAAAUGUUGGAAACUCCACAGCGACAGUAAAAGUGGUGCUGGUGCCCGAGGGUCAUGUGAUGACGGUGGCCUUUGUCAUCGGUCUGAGCAUUCAGGAGCUCAAGUGUCACCUGUCCUCGGAGCUCAGGGUUCCUGUGGAGGUUCUGCAGAUCUCUCUGGAUGGGAAAGUUCUGCAGGACCAGUGGAGCCUGAUGGAGCUCGGCGUCCGUCCUCACAGUUCUACAAGACUCGAGAUGAGUUCCACCGACCCCACCAGCCACCCGCUCCGACCCCUCCACCCCCCAGAGCAGGACAACAUGCCGGACUUCAUCACCGUCAGAGUACCAACAGAUGACGGAGGUUUCCGGGAGGUGGUGGUAGAGAUCCAGUGUCGUGCCCAGCGGAAGGCCUUCAUGGGAGGCUUCAGACACCGACUGACAGGGAGGGAGUUCCACCACGCUGCCGUCCAGACACUGCCUAAGAAGAGACCAGACAGAGGUGUCGACCGCUUCAGCCGUGAAACUCAGACUCAGACAGGGAAACUUCAGGUACAGCAGACGCCGAUCACAGUCUCCACACAGACCACCAGGAUUGGCUGCUAUGGCUCUUGUAUGAAUGACAGGUUCAUCACCCCCGGCAACUACAUCACUGCUGAACAGUACCAUGACAGGAGGCUGAGGGCUGUGAUCUGCCUGCAGUCCCACGUACGGCGCUGGAUGGCCAUGAAGACGGUGGACGAGAUGAGGAGGGCCCGAGACCGACGGCUGAUCUGGAUGGAGCUGCGGGAGCGGAGGAAGAUAGAGGAGAAGGAGGAGCAGCUGAGAGACCGCUACCAACACUGGAUAAGACCGCAGAAAAAAGAAGAUCUGAAUCUGCUCUACCACGCUCUGGAGAACUGGAGGCGUGAGGAGGAGCAGCGGAUCAACUCCUCCUUGCAAGGAGCCGAGAGGAAGGCGGCGCUCUGCAUGCUUUUCGAGCAGGAGACGCAGUUGAUCGCCACCAUAGAGCGUCACGGAAUCGCUGUGGAGAAAGACAACUACGAAAAAGCCAUCAAGAACUUUCUAGAUAAGUCCGCCGCUCCUCAUCGGUGGCGAGGUGCUGACGGCCGCAUGAUAGAGAUGGACAAUCAGAACACCAUCAGAGCCAGGGAGCUGCGAGACCUGUACAAUGACGUCAUCCUGCCUUCUUCCAGCCAGGAGCAGAGGCGCCACGUCCUGAUGACUCUUAAACGCACCGUCAAGGAGCACGAGUGUCGGCUGACUCGGGACAUCGUGCAGUUGAUAGACAGAGAAAUGGACCUGAUGAGUAAACGGGUUAGAGGUUCCAAACUGGAGGGGCUCAGGACCAGGAUCUGCACUCUUUUCCUUCAGUAUAUCAAAACACCAGAGUUUAACCCUGAGGUGUCCAAGCUGCUCAAGGCUCCGGCGAAAUCCUCCCAUGAUAAAAACCAGAUUCUCCGCUGCAUCAGCUGCCAUUGCUACAAAAGUUCCACUGAGGUGACCCUGGCCGCCAACGCCCGUCUGAGCGGUCGCUGCCAAGACUGCUACAGACUCGACAACAUGGCGAGAUGGCACAUAGAGUUAUUCUGCUACAGGAACAUCCUGAGCAAACUGAGAGCCAACGAGCUGCAGUUUAACGAAGACGCCAAGAUCCCCUUCCUGCUGCAGGUGGAGGACGUGCAGCACCUGGUGGAGAAGAUCUGGGCGUCCUGCUCGGUACUCAACGGCAGUAAAGACCUCUACGAUCUGAGGUUCAUACGCUGGAACCGUGAAAGAGAGUGGAGUCCGUGGAACUGCAUUCUCCUGACAACAGAGGAGUCCACGGCUCACCUGGAGAUUAAGGACGUCCACAAGGCGUACGCUGCAGCGUUCAUCCACGGCAUCGAGUACAAACACAUGCUGGCACGGCGCCACUUCAGGCAGAACCCUGUCAUUGCAGAGUACCUGGACUAUCAGCCCACAGGCAUCAGGGCAACUCAGUUCAUGUCCAAGCUGAUAACCUCCACCUCUGAGUACAGCAGUGACGGCAGGUCUGACGCUUUACAAUGAGAAGGAAAAGGCUCUCUCUCUCUGUCUCUCUCUGUCUCUCUGUCUCUGUGGUCUUAAAUUUAAAAUCCUUUGAAUCUAUAAACUUUCAACCAUGUUUGAAUGUACUAUAUACAAGACUUUAAAAAGAUGAUUAAAUUAUUAAUUAAAUUAUUAUUAUUAUCAUUAAAAAUGACAGAAGCUGAGAUUUCCAACACCAAUGACAUGGUUCGAAAAUGGAUUUAGAAUUUAAAUUUUCACUUCAAUUCUUAUUCAAUUCUAACAGAAAUGAGCUGAUAUUGAAUUAACGGUAGGGCAUCAAAACAGACAGUGUGUCCAAAAAGGGAGAGAGGGUUGGGGGGGUUAAGAGACCAAGUUCCCAACUUGAUCGUACCAUAGUUCUUACAUUGUAAGGUCUGUAGGUUUGCAGGAUAGUUUUUUGGUUUUGUAUUAAGUUUUUAAAUAUUGUAAUGUAUUUAUAACUAAGUUUUUCUUUCAUGUAAACAUUUAUUCAGACAAUUUAUUGAAGAGAUUGUUUGAUCAUUUACCUUUGUUUGGUGUCAUACACAUGCAACAGGCUGGUUUGUUAUGGUGGUAAUAAAUAACAGUUUUGGAAAAACU